AUUCACUUUUUGAGAAAUUUUGCCAGUCUGGAUUAUUUCGUCUUGGGCUUAAACCAUCGAAUGAUAUGAGUUUCCAUGACAUUUGGAAGGAAGUUGAACCCUAUGUUAACCUUACUGGAGUAUACUGGUCACUUCGUGCUGCUUUCAGGCCUGUGUUGGAAACUCUUAUUCUUCUGGAUAGAUUAUUGUUCCUCCAGGAGCAAGGUGGUAAGCCGGAAGCAGUAAUGUUACCCAUUUUUGAUCCAGCAAUAUCCCCGAGGAAUGUCGCCAUCAUCGCCAGAAAGCUUGAUGCAGGUGUGGCUUCAUGACAUGGCUCAACA